GGGAGGAACAGGCUGGGAAACAACAAGAAGGCUCAGAGCCCCGGGAGUGGAGGUGGGACAAUGAUGAGUGGUCAGAGGGAGAAGAGGAGGUGUCGGAAGCUGAGGAAGUAACAGGGUUUAGUGAGCUGGGAGACUCUGUGGCAGAAAGAAGUCCAGAAUCAGAGGUGGAAGCUGAAGCAGGAGGGUGGGAGGAGAUAGGUCAAGAGGCAGAGAAGAUUCAGGCUGGUGAUGAUCCAUGGGUGUCUCGCCCUCCUGCCAUGACAAGCUCCCCCUGCCCCCCCAUUGUCUUCCAGAACCAGAAGAGUCAUGAAAAGGGCAAUUAAAAGAUUAGUAGCACACAGAUGCAGCCUCCAAUUGCUUGUGGGGAGAAACCCUGGAGAGGAGGGGAGUAGUGGUCCCUACCUUCCCACCACUUAGGCAGUAGUGGGAAGGCAGGGACCUUCAAUCUCAGCAACUGCUUCAUGUGGGGGCAAGACCUACUAGGGAUGGGUUGCUGUGCUCCUUAGACUUGACACUCUACCAAGCCUGUGCAGUCUGUGGUUUUGCUAGUAAAAUGUUAACUCCAACUUGCACUGUGUGAUUUACUGCUGGCUGGCUCGCGUCAGACAUCAGUUUUUGAAUUUGUGCAAUGUUUGGCAUGUGGGUACCUCUGGCUUUUUCAGUGCUCUCCUGUUGUGACCUUUUCCCCUGGUAUCGUAUUCAUUUAAUUGAUGCUGCAACAUUUCACACUUUUGUGAGUCACUUGGGGAGAUUUGUAUGCCCAAAGGCCAGUAUGGAAGAUCUUGGAAACAAAUGAUGCCCUGCCCUUUUUAGAUGGGAGGAUUCCUUCUGAUGCUCAAGAAUUUUCCAAGGCAGUUAGACCCAGUUAAGGAUCAAUAAGAGGCAGUGAGGUGAGUCAGCGGGGAGAUGUAGAUUUAAUAGAGUGGUACCUCUGGAUAUGAACAGGAUCCGUUCUGGAGCCCCGUUUGCAUCCUGAAGUAAAUGUAUCACCACUUCUGCGCAUGUGCAUGACAUCAUUUUGAAUGUCUGCACAUGCUCGAGGGGCAAAACCCGGAAGUAAUGCGCUCCGUUACUUCUGGGUCACCACGGAGCGCAACCCAAAAAUACUUAACUUGAAGCUACUUUAACCCGAGGUAUGACUGUAUGUGUCUUGUGUGCAUUAUGUUUUUAGGUAUUAUCUAUACCCCUCCACCCUAAGCAAUCCAAUUAAGUGUAUUCUCCUCUCCCUUUCCUUGGCUGCAGUCCUCCAGUUAUGAAUCGAAUCAGUUCUGCAUUCCACAAAGCAGAGUGGAGGCUGUCCUGUGAGGGUUAACUGUGCAUUUCCCACCAAACUCAGCCACACCUGAGGGCUUCCUUCUCCUUACAUACUACCAGUCCAUAUAGAGGCCCAAAUUGUCAGCUUCCUCUCCAUCCAUCUCAGUGUCAUUCUUGAUGUCAGGGACCGUGCUGAGGAGGGCUGCACUGAGGAGGCGUGGUGGGAGCCACCCCCUCCCCCUGAUCCUGAAUCUUCCCAGGAACAGGAGGACAGCGUAGGUUUGGAACAGUGGUUUGCAGAGGGGCACAGUUCAGAAGGCAGAAGCUGGGAAAUACUGGGUGGAGAACAGCUAGAAGAGGGGUAGGCAACCUAAGGCCCAUGGGCCACAAGCGGCCCACAGGGGUCGUUUAACUGGCCCACGAACUGCUCCCAAACCGAGCUGCUCGCUCAGUGAGUCCCCGCGCGCUGCACUAAACUGGCACAGUGACUCACUUUUGUGGUGCCAAAAUUGCGUCUGUGCAAACGCCAGAAAUCGUGGGCACACACACUCAUGUGUGUGUGUGAUCUCCGCUGGAGUGAACCGGCCCAGGCAAGGUAAACCUUGCUGAUCUCUGAGCUAGAAGAAGAAGAAACACUGGGGAAGAGAUGGUUGACGGCUUCACAGUCGUUGGACAGCAUUCCCCCACCGCCCUCCCCAAGGCUGAGAAGAGCUCAAAAAGCCUCAGAACAGAAAGCACAGAGGAUAGAAGCUCAGAUUACAAGACGUAGGAGUGACAAAGAUUACCAUACUUUUCCGUGUAUAACACGCCUCCCCAUGUAUAAGACGACGCCUAUUUUGGGGGGACUAAAAAUUAAGAAGAUGGGGGGGGAGAUUGCCCAGAGUUGUUGAGCUUUUGGGGGGGAGGGUGGCCCAGAGUUGUUGAGCUUUUGGGGAGGGUUGCCGAAAAACACGCACCCGCCUGGCCGACACUAACACUUCCCGGCCCAAUUGCCACAGCAACAACCAAUCAACACCACCCCUUGCCACAGAUAAUAACACACUGCAGACCACCUCCUUUAUUUAAUUUUUGUGUCCUAUGAGCUCAGGGGCACUAAGAGAUGUUUUAAUGAGACCCAGGUAUUCCGAUGAGCUUGCCAUUCUAUUCCAUGCUCAGGUAACCCCGCUUGUACGAAAAGUACCAGGAAAGAUGGAGGAAUACUAUUUAAGUUACCUCUUGUCCGACUGGAAUCCCUAUGUCACCAGAAAUGUAGCUAGAAAGGUACAAACAGGCAUUCUCCAUUGCAGUGUGCAAUUAAACAAUUAUACUUAAUAUUCCCUCCAGCCACUUUUGCCUCAGGCGUGUUCCCUCCUCUCUCUGGAAGAGACUGAAGCACAUGCUGUGAUCUCCUUUCAUAGCUGCCCUAUCGACCUGAAAUUUGCAAUCAACCUCAGCACCGCCUGUCUCACCCAGAGCUCAUGAUAACAUUAAAAGGAAUCACUGAAUCUUAGAAAGCAACUUUACUCAUGUAAGAGUGUGGCAGUGUGAACUGCACGCAAAUUAAGCUUGAUUUUCAAUUGAUUAUGAUGGCAUUUUGGGGGAGCAGGUUUGUUGUGCUUCUCCAAAUCAGCUUUAAUUGUGCAACCUGAAUUUCCCGCUAUGUGACUGAACCCCGCCCCAAAAUAGCAACAGUCUGGAAGCUUUCACACUCAGUUGGAGGGAGGGAGGUCACAAACAUCAUUAUUAUUAUUAUUAUUAUUAUUAUUAUUUUAUUUAUACCCCGCCCAUCUGGCUGGGUUUCCCCAGCCACUCUGAAGCACUUAAUUCAUGUUGGACCAUUUUUAUCUAUAAACAAUAGAAAAGUCUAGGUUCUCCUUCCCACCCCCACCCCCUCACUUACCUAUUGCCUCUUACUCACUCUAAAGAGAUUCUAACUGCCUAAGAAUAUUUCAUCACAAAGAACAGCCACAUUCUCAAAGGGCAAGGACAUUCUGUAGGGAGUGACAAAUCUUUCCAUUUCAGUUCCUUAUCUUUCUGAUCUUCGUUCUCCACAUUUCCACAUCAGCUUGCAAAUUCAUGUAAUGUUUGACUGGCGUGUAUAUCUGGCUUUCUAAACGAUCUUCCAUGGUGACCAUCUUCCAUUGUAUCAUAUUGUGUUAUAUCCCACUUUUGCAAGUCACUUAGAGUGCCUUCAUUACAGAUCUAUAGGCACCAGGCAUUCCUCUUCUCCAAGGUCUUUGGCUAAUGAAACCAUCUAUGGCCUUUUAAACACUGGGGAGGGGGAUUUGUGUUUUGUUGCUGUUGUUGUUACUAUGUUAUGCGUUUUUUAUAUUGUAAACCACCCAGGGAUCCUCAGAUGAAGAGCGGCAUGGAAAUUUAAUCAAUCAUAAUAAAUGAAUAAAUAAUGUAUAAAACUGCAUUAUAGGAGGGAAACUGCUUUGCAAAAAUGUGGAAAAUUGCAUACAAGAAUGUGUAUAUUUAGAUAAUUUCACACGAAAGUGCUGGUGAAUUUUUGUGGGGACUUAGAAACAAACAAAUUAGAAACUGAUGUGAAAAUGGGGAGAACUAAUCUUUGAAAUAGUGAGAAGCUUGUGAGAAAGACAUGGGCAGAUGCACUGAUCCUUACAGAAUAUAUUUGCCCUUUUAGAAUGUGGGUGUGCUUUGUGAUGGAAAAGGAUAUUCUAGGGCAGUGAGAACCCAGUUGGAAUGAGCAAGAGGCAAUGAGGUCAGAGAGAGAGGGAAAGGGGCAUGUACAGGCAGUUUUUUAUAGAUCAAGGUAUGUACAUUAUGUUUUUAGGCAUUAUCUGUGUCCUCUUUCACUCUCCUGCCCAAACCAUCUGAGUGUGGGCACUUCCAAAUUGUUUAAUUUGCCUGUGCACAAAUUUGUGAACACACAAAAUAUCCUGCCAGGAAAAGAAUAAAAUUGAACGAAUGAUCCCGAUACCACUGGCAUGAUUAUUAUCUAAGGCUGCAAUCCUGUGCACACGUAUACCCAUCAUCUGAUAAGACCUCCCCAGGCACAGCCAGAAAUCCUUCGGCAACCUUCUCCUCCUCAAAUCCUCCCCUCUAUCUCUGUGGCAGAUCUCCUUCCAUGGGAAUAACUGUAGCAUGCACAGGAUGCAGAGGGAGAAGCUGGCAGGUUGCGAAUUCUCCCUCAAAGACAAAACUUUUGGCCUCCUCUCUAGCAACAGUGGCAACCGUGAUCCUUACCCUGCUUUGCAAAGGUGAGUGUGAUGUGCAGAAAAGUCAUUGCAGAAGUCCCAUGUCACUUUCUGAUUUCUCCAUGUCAUAUUACUCUCUUUGGUGACCCCCUUCCCCACUGCUGUUCCUAUCACAUUCUCUUCCCAACUCAAGUGAAACUGAUGGGCCUUGUUACAUGUUCUGUUCCUGUCUUUUGGGCUUGAUGAUAGGGAUGGGGGAGAAAUGUGUUUAGCAGAGGCAAAAUACAGAUUAUGGAGGAAGUUGUAUGGAAGACAGCUGGCAAGUGGGGGGGUCAGCUGAGGACAAACUGAGGUUGAUGGGGAAGUGCCCCAUUCCUCCUAAUGGACUAGCCACCACUGCUCCUGUCUGUUUGCUUUGAGGAGCCCUCAGCAGAGUCGAGAAGAAGCAGAUCAAGCAGUGGUCUGGAAAAGAUAACUGGAUCAAGGUAUGGACAGAUAGGGAGUGUAAAUCCUACCAAAGUGCAGGAAGCAGGAAGCAAGAGCAAUCAGAGAGAAAAGGUGUUCAGCACCCUGGACAGUUCCCAAGAAAGUUAUUAUUAAAGCAGUGGUGACCAGGGUGCUUCUGGACUCCAGAUCCCAUCAUGCCUGACUAUAGGCCAUGCCAGCUGGGGUGAUGGGUUCAAGAACGUUUGGAGGGGACAUAUUUUAUAUGCCAAGGGUCUUGGUUACAAUCACCAGCACCUCUAUGUAAAAGGUAUCAGGUUGCUUACCUCUGCCUGAGAUCCCGUUGGGCUGUUUCCACUCAGAGCAGACAACAGUGGAGAGGGUAUAGCAGAACUCUGGAGUUCUGGCUCAAUUUUCAAUACUAUAAUCAACUGGGGUAAAAAGUGUGGUAACAUUUGCACCAUCACCAGAAAGUCUAAAAUGAAACACUUAGGAUUUAGGGAAGUUCUCUUUGCAGUGGCAAAGUAUAUUCAUAACCAGGUAGCUUAGCUGGUGCUCCUAUAGCAGAUAAUAUAAGUGGAGUAAAUGCUUUGGGGGCUGGAAAAGGUGAGGAAAGUAAAUGGUCCUUAGCCCUGUUCUCAGGUACAAAAAAAAUGGGGAGGGGGGGUUGUUGCCUUAAGAAGGGAUAUCCUCUUGUUAAAGCCGGCCAAGGCCACAAAGGUAGACUGCAAGAGGAGGUGGUAAAAAGACUACAAUACAAUUGGCUCUGUGCACAUCAAAUGGAGAGGAUCUAGCUAUGGCACACAAUACAAAAUCUGAGUUUUCUUGGUGAUUUUUCAGGGCACACAUCUUGAGUACCCCAGUUGCUUAGUAAGUAUCUGUUUCACAAAACAGUUUGAAACUUGUUUUACCGGCACGGCUUUCUGUAAAGAACUACAGGAAUGGAAACUUUGGUGAGGCUGCUGGUAACUCUUUUGUGGUAUCUCAGACCCUUUUACAGAAUGGCAGAGGAAUGCGCAGCUAGACAGGAGCACACUGAAUUUAUGUUAUCGAAAUUUUAUUCGGAACCAUGAGGGCUAGAAACCUUGAAACUUUGAAAGCAGAGGUUCUCAAUGUUGGAGCACAAAAGUGGCUCAGGAGCUUACACAUCUGCUGCAUGUUGCCCCCCUGUUGUACUAGACUGUACUAUUUUGCCCAGAGCUGGGAAUUAAAAAAACCGAAGAUUUUUGGGUUCUAAGAUAAAGGGGGGGCAGUGGAGUGGGUAGAAGGCAGCUUCUUGUGAAUGACACUCACCCCUAAAAACAUUCUGCUUUUCCCUGCUGGAAUCUGAAGUGGAUGAUUCCUGCAGGCUUCUCUGGUCCACUGAGUGAGACUACCCUGGUGGUCACAUGCCCUGUUUUACAGAGGGUAGUCCCCACAAUGUAAAGGCAUCCAUCUAUGGUAAGACGCAUUUCUGUUUCAGUUAUAGUCCUUGUUUCUGCAUUUGCAUCUAUAAAUAUGCAUUAGCACAUGCAAUUUUGUGCAGAUGAAUCUCCUCUUCUGCUCUCUUUCUUUGCCAUAUUUUUGGAAGUGCUGAAUGAAUUGGUCGUCUUUGGAUACUAGUUAAUUCUCUCCACCUCCCCAUAUACACAUUCUGAUAGGUAUGCUGACCAACAACUUGGACUUUAGAAUCACAGUGCCUGACAGCAUCACCGCACAGCGAGGCUUCUGCAUCCACGUUCCCUGCAGUUUUACUACUCCCGAUUGGUACAAGAGCAGCUCUGAGCCCCUGUAUGGCUAUUGGUUUAGGAUUACGGAUCGGCAGACCAAUUUGGAAGGGACCAACAUCUGGGUCCCGGGGGAAUUUAAGGCCAGCCGUGAUGAAAGGCAGAGAUUCCUUAAAUUUCAUUCCACUCAUAUGAAGUUAUCAGGGGAUCCAGAAAAAGGCGACUGCUCGUUCACCAUCAUCAACGCUGGACUCGAUGACUGGGGCCAGUACCACUUUAGAAUUGAUAAAGGAGAGAGCUACAGAUACUCCUUUAAUCCUUCCAGUUCUCAAACUCACACUAAUCCUCAGGUUGUGCUGACAGGUAGGUGGCUUUCCUAUUAGGGGCAUGCAUAGGAUUCAGACAAAUCCCAAAGCCUGAGUUUAAAGCAUCCUGCUUCAAAAUGAUUUGGAGUUUGUCUGAAGCAAAGCAGGAUCUUUCCAAAGAGCCUCAAGCCAAAGCAAGAGUCUCUGAAGCAUUUCAUGGUACAGUAAUUCAGAUAUUUGAAAGCUGUGCAGUCAGUGUGUCUGCAAACAUGGAAACACUUCUCCCCAAGCUUGCCAUAUAAGGAAAUUGCAAGGGGGGAAAUGGAGAGCUCUUUUGUGACUGACAUGUCUACUCGGAGGUAAAGAGGGCCUUCCAAUCACAGUAUUUGCAAGGAGUGAGAUGUUGAUGCAAUGUCUCACAUUGUCUGUUCUCUGCUCUUUUGCUUGGUUCUUGCUUGGAACAUGCUGGACAUUCAAGUCCUUCUGCCUCUGGGCUCCAUGCCCUCCCAUCCACUCUGGUGAAAUCAACUUUGCCCUUUGAUUCCUGUCAAGCAGAACACAACCUGGAGCUGUUUCCCAUCCCAUUUGUCAUAUUUCUGUAGCCUCAUCACCCACAGUGUGAGAAGGACAUUGCCCUCAUGUCCUGCUGGUGGGAGUUUUCAGAAGCAUCCGGUUUACCACCCUAGAAAAUAAGGUGAUGGACUUGAUAGGCCAUUUAGUCUUGAGUUCCACUGAAAUUAAUGUGGCUUAAGGAAAUCACAACUCAUAUUCACAUUGAUUUCAAUCAAACCAGAGUAUGACUAACUUGUCAUGGAUCCAGAUCAAUAUUUGUUGUCCACCCCCCUUUUUUAAGAAAAGUUGUUGGUUUCACUUUGUGCUGAUGUUUUUAUCACAGUUUUAACAUUUGAUCUGUCUCUUUUCAUUACGUAUGGUUUUAUAAUUUUAUUGGCAGCUGACUUGUGAGCUCAUUGAACAAAAAGACCACGUAGAGAUUGUGUUGAGUUAAAAUAAUAAUAAUAAAUAUCAUUGCCCUGGGAUUUUGCUGCAUUAAGGCACAUUGAUGUACACAUAAUGGGCUCUCAAAUGUGUGGCCAGGAGGCUCUUGAGAACAAAAGGAUGACAACCUUGGUGGGAGUCAAGAAUGGCAAAGUGACGAUGACUGGGAAAUCCCAUCCUUAAGCCAGGGCUCAUGUGUCUUACCCAAUGCCCAGUGAAUCUUCUUCUAAUUCCUCCCUGGGGAUUUUCACUCAUUUAGAUCUGAAGAAGCCCAAGAUCAUAAAGCCACAUGAAGUGAUUUGGGAGAAACCAGCCACUUUCAGAUGUAUAGCAGCAGAAAUGUGCCCAGGGACUAAACCCCAAAUCACCUGGCAUACAGAGCCAGAUAUACACCCUGUUUACGCAACAUCUUCAUGGAAUACUCAACAGAGCAAUUGGAGCUCGACCUAUGGAGUUGACAUCACUUUCAAGCCCAGCUUAGCUGAUGAUGGCAUAGUCCUUACCUGCAACAUCAAAUACCAUUUCUUGAAAAAAGCAGUCCACGUAGCCACCCGCCUUUCCUUUGGCUGUGAGUAGCUCUUUGUUUUCUUUCCUCUCUCUUCAUCCCAAUCCACAAACGCUCAGCAGCUCCCUGAAGAUCAGAUUCCCCCCACCCUGUUUUGCCCUUUGGUUUCCCACUUCCCCUUUUUGGUGCUCUCAGCACCCACAUUUUGACAAGGGGGACCUGAAUCACAAUGUUGCAGUGCACCUCAUCCUCUAAGACAUCCCUUGGGCCACAUACAAACCUCUGCCUAAUUUGAUGCAGAAGCUAAUAAUAAUAAUAAUCUUGCAAUUUUCAGUCCAAGUGAUUCUUCAAGAAGGCAGGUGAUUGUUUGUUGUUGUUGUUGUUGUUGUUGUUGUUUUUGCCAGUUUUGAACAGGAUUCAUAAUGGCGUUUUCUAGGAGAAUUCAGAUCAACAAGAGCACAAGGUUACCAUUCCCUUCCUAUCUCAGAACAUGAAGGAAUGUAUGUACUCAUUUGUUCUUGCCAGCAAUUUUACACAUGCUUAAAGGAACAGGGACUAGACCACAGGCUACACUGUCUGUCCUAAAUUGAGAUGAAACCAAUUUCCUUCUCUCUCUCUUUCUCUGGGUGCCUUCAGCCUGUCUCUAGCGUAUUUUGUGCAAGGGAUUCAAGCACAUACCAGAAAUCUAGGUUUGCACAGUUAAAGUGGAUUGAAGUGCUCUGCCCCCUAGUGGAACAAACACACUUAAAAAAAAUUAAAAAGAAGAAGAAGACGACUUCUGCAGUCCAGAAAGUGAUGGGGCAGGGGAAUGCACUGGAAAAUAUAUGAUGAGUGGGAAGACUUCUAAGGAACCAAAAGCCAAUGAAGAUGAAUGCAAAAUGAAUGCUCAUUGUCAUAUAACCUCCCUGGGAACAGAAACAAUGAAUGCUCAAUAAAGACCAGGUGUAAUCUAACCAGAUCCUCUGGAUGAACCCCUGCCAGCCAGGGAGGAGGGAGGCUCCAACUGUGUUGCUUGGCUGCAUUGCUCACCCAAUAAGGAGUCUAAGAACGACUGGGGGGUGGAGCUUGCAUGCCUUGUGCCAAUCAAAUCGGCUGUGUUGCCUGGGGACUCGCCUAUGCUCAGCACUUCCCAGCGGAGAGGUGACGGUGGUUUUCCUUGCAGCAUCCCCUUUGCUGGGUUGCUGCGCUGGGGGAACAACCACUUGAGGCUUCGUUUGGCUGCUGGUUGACUAAAAUCCCUUAUUUUGGCUGCUGAUCCCUUAUUUUCGAGGCUGCUGGUCCCUUAUUUUCAAAUCUGUAAGUUGACAGCUAUGGGCUGUGACCUCUGUAUAAAACAAACUUUAUUUGCUUCCGCUGCCCCAAAGCCUCUCGCUCUCUGUUGUAGCAUUGUAUUCACCCCAGCUUUUUGUUGCUUUCCAGAUAGGCCUACAGCCAGCACCAUCCUGCCUAAUGCUACAUGUGAGAAUGAGGACCAAGGCCGCCGUUGCACCUGUUCUUUCCACUGCUGGCCUCCACCAACGCUUACGUGGGAAGUGGACGGGGUAACCGUCACUGGGAACGGAAGCACAAGUGACAUGGAGGUCUUACACUGGGCUGAGGGCAAUGCGGCGAGCAGCACCCUGCUGUGGAAAGGAGCCUCCAUUGACCACUAUGACCCCUUCAUCACCUGCACGGCAACCAACCCCUUUGGGAAGCAGACAGUGGUGAUCCUACCUGGGUCCAAUCAAACAAGCGAGCAUCACCUGCCCCAGACUUCACCUUUAAGUCCUGUGCAUGCUAACAUUUACAAAUCUCCAAGACAGGCAGACUUGGGUGGGCUGUCCUAGGCACACUUCUCCUGGGAAUAGGCACCACUGAACAUAGCAGGACUUCCUUCCAAGGAAACAUGCAUCCGAUUGUGCUGUUUGGCUUCAUCCAAGGCAAGGAUGGGGGACUUUUCUCAGCCCAGGGGCCACAUUGCCUCAAUGCACCGGACACUGAGGUCCAGUGCCGAGGGCCUUCUGGCGGUUCCCUCGCUGCGAGAAGCCAAGUUACAGGGAACCAGGCAGAGGGCCUUCUUGGUAGUGGCACCCGCCCUGUGGAAUCCACCAGAUGUCAAAGAGAAAAACAACUACCAGACUUUUAGAAGACAUCUGAAGGCAGCCCUGUUUAGGGAAGUUUUUAAUGUCUGAUGUUUUAUUGUAUUUUUAAUAUUCUGUUGGAAGCCACCUAGUGUGGCUGGGGAAACCCAGCCAGAUAGGCAGGGUAUAAAUAUAUUAUUAUUAUUAUUAUUAUUAUUAUUAUUAUUAUUAUUAUUAUAUCUGUCCUUCUAUCAUGUCACUUCUCCCUCACCUUUUCUCCAAACUAAGAAGUCCCAAACUUGGGAACCUCUCCUCAAGGGAAAGUUGUCCCUUCACCAUUUCCUUUGCCCUUUUCUGAACUUUCGCCAACUGUGAAAAACUACUCCCAGGUAAAACCUUCCCAGCACUGGAAAUGCAUGUAUAUUCGAAAAAUGAAUUGUGAACAGCACAUUUCACUGAAAUUGAAAUGCUUGCUUAUGCUGCAGUUUUGAAGCCAAACUAAUUACCUUUGAAGUUCAUUUAAUGAUGAUAAUGAACUAAAGAUGAUAAAUACCUUUCCGGCUUUCCAAGAUAUACACACCCACAUACACAAAGCAGAUAUCCCACAGGCUGCAUACAGGGCUCCCCUGGAUUUAAUGGUGCCUUUAAUUAAUUAAUCAAGCAACUAAUCAUAAUUAAUUGAUAAUCAGAUUUAACUUGCAGGCAGUUCAGAACACAAGCACACAAUAUGCGCAGCUUGCAGGCUUAACAUAUAGAAUAAGAGAACAAGAAGAACACACGUUUAGAGAAAAUUGGAAAACGUUUAUUGAAUAUAUAGGGGACAAUCGUGUGCACUUGAAAAGGUUGGCAGCAUUAAGAUAAAUUCGACAGUGUAAAUAAGUUUUGAUGGAUGUGGUAAUGGAAUACUGAAUGGUUUAGUUUAUGUAAAAUAUGCAGGGAUUUAUGAUUUGCAAAAUGAAGCAUGGAGAGAGAAGAAGGGAAGUCAUUGAUAUUUUAAGGAUCUUUAAUUAAUGCAUUCCUUCAUGGGUAACCUCCUGGGGCAUGAUGGCCAGAGGCAAAUGUGGGUGUGAUUCUUCCCUUUGUACAAUGGGCUACAUUCCAGGCACACAGCAGUCAGAGAUGUCUACAAAGACAUGCACAGGCACACCUCUCCAUCUAGGCAAGCAAGAGGCAUUCUCAGGAUUCAAGCGGCGGUUGUUGGUGCCCAUUGGGAGUGGUAGGGUGGAAGGCAAGGAGACCGGCAGCAGGUGGCGCCAGAGCCAAUGAGAUGCAGCGAUAAACUCAGCCUAGUUUUGCUGCCAUCCUCCUCCUGGCUGGGAUUAAGGAGAAGGAAGAUGACAGUCAGGUUGCAGGUAGGAAGGCAGGACAGCUGGGAGGAAACUGAAGGCAGAGUGAGGCUGAUGGGGCAGUGCCCCACUUGCCACAAUGGACCAGCCUCCACAGAAGUCAAGGAAACAUUCUAGCCAGGCAUAAGAACCCAAGGAAGGUUUCAAAGCAGCAUUGGUGAGGAUCACAGAGAGAUUGGGGUGGAGGGAUACAUUCAGACCUGGGUUUGAGCUUCCCCUCCCGUCUAAAUUGCUUUAGCCGCUGUAUUUUUAUGCUAAAUUUAGUGGUUGGGGCCUUUUGUUGGUUGGCUGCGCUUCCUGUUUUGUGAUGGAUUUGAUUCUGGUUUUACAGAGCAUUCCUGGAGGCCAGCAUAACUUACCCCUAUUCCAAACUCCAUUGAGGGACUCUCUCAGGAAGGCUUGCUGAGUCAGUAGGUGAGCAAAAGCCCAUGUUUUGAGGAUUGGGCCCUAGGUCAAUGUGAUCAAGGUUUGGAAUAGGUAGAGGUCUCUCCUUUUUGUCCCCCAUUCAACUCUCUCAGAAUGCCCAUUUGGGGAGGACUUACGACAGCGUAAGUUACACCAGGUAAGCCCCCACACUGAGUCAGGGUGAGGGGCUCACAUCAGUGGAGCCCCAACUCAGCAAGGAAAGACAAAGAACUGUUAAAUCUCUGGCCUCAUGGCAGAUUUUGGGUUUGCAUUGCGCUGUUAUUAUUGUGUGAGGGUUUUUUUUUUUUGUAUUUUCCUGGUGUAUGUCAACUGCCCAGAGAACUUGAUUGGAUGGGUAGCAUAUAAAGAUAUUAAAUCAUCUUUUACAGACGGCCCUCUAUCACCACCUUAUGUGAAGGUGAAGAUUCCUUGGGUCAUUUCUGGGGUCACUCUUGGGUCCUUGAAUCUGCUGACUGUUGUUGUGGCCCUGGUUUACCUUGGCAUAGGUGAGUAAUGUGGAGAGCAGGCCUCUCCUCCCUCAGUUGUGGCUGAGUGAGGCAGGCAUGUCAUCUCCCGGCUUAACUAUCCAUGGCAUAAAGAUCCUUAGUGGAUAUUUACCCCUGAGGUGACCCAUCUCCCUCUAUACCAGGAGGUGUCUAUCACCUUCCCUAAUCUCCAUAAAGGUAUCACUCUGUUUACCUGUAAAAUGUGACUUUGGCUUUCAUAGGUCAGAAGGAGCCAAGUGUUGCUCAGUCCCGGGGCUGUCUUAAGCAUAUGCGGCACCGGGGUGCAAAGAUCUGUCCAGCGGCACCCCCCGACUUUUUAGAGGAUUUUCCAGGGUUAAAAAGUCAUCUAAUACGCCGGAAUCUACAGUAAAUAGAGAUUUCCUAGAUGCCAGGUUCCAAGUUUGGGGCAAAUACUCUUUGCUGAGAGAAUCCCAGGGGAGUUUUAAAUAUGCAGCCAUGUAAAGCAUGGAAAUAUAAGAUGUUAAACUUUUAAAAUAUACCCUUCUAUGUUCCUUCCAAAAUUGCCCUCUACCCUAGCAUAGAAAAAGACUACACAUUUGGUAUGUUUAAAAUGGUUUACUUACAAACUCUCCAAAAUUCAGAUUCAUACGCUUCUCCAUACAGCAUUCAAAACAGUCUCACAAGCAAUAAAACGUGGCUUGCUUAGUGGUGAAAGCCCCAAAAUUAUUGGUAUAGGAAUACAAGAGUUGAAAGUGACCCAGAGGAUCAUGUAGCCCAACUCUCUGCAAUGCAGGACUAAGCAGCUGUCCCUUACUUGUGGACAAAAUGGACUGUUUCAAGAGGUGGCAGAAAGAUAUUUCUAAAUUUGUCUGGCAGGGCAAGAAACCUAGAAUAAAAUUUAAAAUAUUAACAGAUGCAAAGGAAAGAGGUGGAUUUGCCCUGCCAGACCUCAAACUUUAUUAUGAAUCAGCAGCUUUUUGCUGGUUGAAAGAAUGGCUACUUCUUGAAAACACUGACAUUUUGGACUUGGAAGGUUUCAAUAAUGUAUUUGGAUGGCAUGCAUAUUUAUGGUAUGAUAAGGUCAAAGCACACAAAGCAUUUAAAAACCACAUUGUCAGGAAAGCGCUAUUUAAUGUUUGGAUAAGAUAUAAGGAUUUGCUAGAAAAUAAAACCCCAAGGUGGCUGUCACCAAUGGAAGCGAAAGCCUUGAAAAGGGUCAAUAUGGAGGUCAAAUGGCCGAAAUAUUGGGAAAUUUUGGAACAAGAUGGAGAUAGACUGAAAUUGCAGAGUUUUGAAAAACUAAAAAACAAAGUGCGAGACUGGCUUCAUUAUUAUCAAAUAAUGGAGGCAUUUAAAUUAGACAGGAAAAUUGGCUUCCAGGUGGAAAAAUCAAAAUUAGAAACAGAAUUGUUAGAACCCAAUACUAAGAAUCUGUCAAGAAUGUAUAACUUGCUGCUGAAAUGGAAUACUCAAGAUGAAACGGUAAAAUCGGCUAUGAUUAAAUGGGCACAGGACGUAGGACAUAACAUUAUGUUUGCUGACUGGGAACAGUUAUGGACCACUGGUAUGAAAUUUACGGCAUGUAAUGCCUUAAGAGAGAAUAUUAUGAAAAUGAUAUACAGGUGGUACAUAACCCCAGUCAAGCUUGCGAAAAUCUAUCACUUGCCCGAUAACAAAUGUUGGAAAUGUAAAGAAACUGAAGGUACAUUUUUUCACCUUUGGUGGACGUGCCCAAAGAUUAAGGCUUUCUGGGAAAUGAUAUAUAAUGAAUUAAAAAAGGUAUUUAAAUAUACCUUCCUCAAGAAACCAGAGGCCUUUCUCCUGGGCAUAGUGGGCCAAAUGGUGUUAAAAAAGGAUAGAACUUUCUUUAUGUAUGCAACAACAGCAGCAAGAAUACUCAUCGCAAAGUAUUGGAAGACACAAGAACUUCCCACGCUGGAGGAAUGGCAGAUGAAACUUAUGGACUAUAUGGAAUUGGCGGAAAUGACUGGCAGAAUCCGUGACCAGGGAAGAGUCGAUGGAGGAAGACUGGAAGAAAUUCAAAGACUAUCUUCAGAAACACUGCAAAAUUAAGGAAUGUUAGAGUGAUGUUGGAUUGAAAAUAAGUGGUUUCCAGCUGUACAGGUUAAAGUUAAGGAUAGAUUAAGAUUAAAGAUCAAGAUUAAAGAUGUUUAAAGAAAUGGAAAUUUGAUAAUAAAAGGGAAAAAUUUAAAGGUAUAUGACAUUAAGAACAAGGAUUAUGUUUAAAAAGUUGAAGUUAUAUAUUUUAAUAUUUUAUUAAAUUAAAGAUUGGGUUUAAAAAGUGGAAAAGAAACUGCUGGACAAAUAAUGCAGAUUGGAAUACAAAAGAGGGAGGUAUGAGGAAGUCCAGAAAAUAAGUAAUUUAAAAUUGGGAAUGGAAAAGAGAGUUUGUUUUUAAUUGUUAUGUUUUGUGUUUUUAUUGUUAAAUUUUGUAUUGCUUUUUUGUGUGUGUUGCUUUUCUUUUUUCUUUGUUUAAAACCUUAAUAAAAAUUAUUUAAAAAAAAAAAAAAUAAGCAGCUGUCCCUUACAGGGAUCAAACUUGUAAUCUUGGUGUUAUCAGCACCACACUCCUCAGUCCUGCUUUAUACUGUGAGGAAACUCUUAUUUCUGGGAAUGGUUCCUUAUUUAGGAUUGAAAUUUAGUAUUACAGUGGUACCUCGGGGUAAGUACUUAAUUCGGGCCAGAGGUCCGUACUUAACCUGAAACUGUUCUUAACCUGAAGCACCACUUUAGCUAAUGGGGCCUCCUGCUGCUGUUGCGCCGCCGGAGCACGAUUUCUGUUCUCAUCCUGAGGUAAAGUUCUUAACCUGAAGCACUAUUUCUGGGUUAGCAGAGUCUGUAACCUGAAGCGUAUGUAACCUGAAGUGUAUGUAACCCAAGGUACCACUGUACUAAAUAAGCAACAGGGUGACAUUCUUAGAGGGACACCUGUGUCGCUAUUGAAACUGCUCUUAGUACCCCAAAGUUCACAGGAUGGAGCAGGAAACUGAAAUAAAAUAGGUAGCCAGACUAAGGGUGGGCCUGAGCAUAAGGAAUGGCUUUAAUGCCUAUGAUUUUCUUCCCUCCAGUGUCCAAUCGUCAGGUUUACAGGCAUUGUAGAGAUAUGGCAUCAAAGAGAUUACAGGCAUCGUAGAGAUGUGGCUGAAGUUUCUACAAUGGAUGCUGCCAUUUCCCCUUCAAUGCAGGUCUGGCAUUGAGUGGAUCAUAUGAAAUUAAUUUACCAUGACAUGCUAGCUAUUGUUUCAGAUUUGCAUUCACAGCCCAAAUAUGCACAGUAGAGUAACUUCCCUGUGCUAGUAAGCAAAGAAUAAAUCCAUUUUGGCUUGUGGAACAUUCUCCACCCUGAUUCAAUUGCUUUAUUUUCCGCAAAUCUUUCUUCCAUUUUGUAGGCCACUGACGGGGAAAUAUACAUACUUUAGUGUAUUUUAAACAUAUUAAUGGCAGGUAACAGCCAAGCAUAUAUCAAGCCAUCAAAGAUAUUAACAAGCCAAUUUCCAACCCUGCAUGAUGCUUUUCCAAGUUAAUGAAUUUCCAGAGGGGCAGCCAGUGUUAGUCAUUUGCAGCAAAAAAAGAAGAAGAAAAGAACAAAGAGUCUUGUGGCACCUUGGAGACAAAGGGCUAAUGACAGCAAUUCUAACCAUGUCUACUCAGUAAGUCACAGUCAAAAGCUGCUGUGUUGACCUGUUGGAUAGGCACCUUAUGAACAGAGGGGAUUAGGUACCUUCAGGGAUUUUGGGGGAAAUAGACCAUUGCAACUUUUGAUACCAUGUUUCCUGAUCUGCAACUCAGCAGGGAGCAGGGAGGCCUAAGAGAUUGGGCGAGGCAGUUUCCACAUCCGCAGACCUGAUGCUGAUGCCAGCCAGGACAGAAGAGCCCAUCGUUGUGCCUGUUGCAUGAUUAAAAAUGAACCAAAAACAAACCCCUGUGUUGCAAUAACACAACAAAAGGACAGUGUCUCUGGAAUGAUGCUACUGAUUCGUAAUAGUCUUCAUCAGCAGAUAUUUUUCAACAGAAUAUAUAAGUAAGAUUCAUGCUAAGGAUCAGUGCCUUUUUGGAGUAAAUAUUUGGUGUAUAUAAGAGAUAAUUGUAAAUCUUUAAAGACACUGGCAGGGUUUGAUUAACUUCAACAGCAUAUAGUUAAUUAGAUGAACGAAUAAAGUACGAGAUGUAAUGAAACUAUAAGAUACUUACCGAAGGGGAGGGGAGGAAGUCUGAAGCUCGGCAGAGCUAAAGGUGAUAUAUGAGAUUUUUUUGUAUAACAAAUGUACAUAAAUGUACUCUGAUUGAAAAUAAAUAAAAGUCUAUUUUUUUAAAAAAAAGGAUCAGUGCCUUUUGAGGCUUUUGAGGCGUCUUCCGUUGAAACUUUCGAAAAACUAUUGAGAGAGCUUACUUUUGAAACUUUUGUGACGUCUUCUGUUGAUACUUUUGAAAGACUAUUGUGAGACUGUCCUUAGACAUCUGUUUUGAACACAUGGCUUGACGGUCCUCGCUACCACUCUGUUAUUUUGUACGUAAGAACUUUGAUUGGCUUACUCCUACAAUUUGAAUGAUAUCAUUACUCUAUUAUAUCUUUUCUACUAUUAGCCUACGUGUUGUGUUUGUAUUGUUGUGCAUGAUUAAAAAAUAGCAGUUUAAAUGUCAAGCCAAUGUGCAAGUUAAUGCAGAAAAGGGAUGGUGCAGACUUUAGGGAUGAACAGAGGUGAACAAGACAUGAGACAGAAAACAGACUUAUUCUCCUCCCUGUCCCCUUACUGCUCUGUGAUAGGCAGGCAUUUAACAGGCCUUGGGUUUUCCAACACGGAAGAGCUGUAAUGGUUAAAGCUUUUACUGUUGAUAUCUGUCUGCCAUGAAGUUCAUAAAACAGAAGCCAAACUCAUAUGCAUGGUACCCAAUUUUAUAUCAUCUAUCUAUCUAUCUAUCUAUCUAUCUAUCUAUCUAUCUAUGUAUCUAUCUAUCACCUAUCUAUCUAUCAUCUAUCAUGAGGAUGACAAUGAGGAAGUUCUUCCAACAUAUUCCACUUGGGAUUUCCACCUCAUUUCUCUCAAUUUUCUCUUCAGGCUCCACAGCAGCAAGGCGACGAGGCCUGGAUCAACAGGCCUUGGUGGCAACAGAACCCACUGAACUAUUGGCACUGGUUCUCUUGUUUCUUUCAGCGGCGAUAAGAGAACCUUUCCAGCCCUUAUUCAAGACACUAGGAACUAGCACCCUUGCUCUGGAAAUGUUGUAUGUACAACUCUCCUUCUUCCUUCAAAUAAAACAUUUUGCUUAUUCACAUAUAAA